UGAAAGCCGGUUCCUGCGAGCACAGGGCCGUGUUAUUAAAGCCUUUGGAAGAGGAACAUCUUUCGUUUAUCCACGCUGCCAAAUAACGCAACACACAUUAAUUUAGUUUGAUGGUCGCUCAGGUGCUCCACUUUAUUCUGCAUAAUAAAUGCUCCGAGCAAGGUAAGCCAGACUAGAGGGUUUAGGACAGUUCCAUCAUGCCAGUUAAACUGGCGAUGCCGCUGUAUCUCUCGAGCGAUGACUUCCAGAGCAGAAUGUCUGUGAAGUGUAAGAUGCCCCUGCGUCCAUGUCUGCACAGAAGCACGGUUGCUCAGUUCGGCUUCCAUGCUCCUCUCCAGCAGACCGAGUCUCAGGAACGGAAGUGCAGCAAGACCAAAAAGCAGGUCUCCUUCGCCGACCACAAAGGUCUGGCCCUUGCUGUGGUGAAGAUUUUUUCCGAGUUUGACGACCCUAUCGACAUCCCGCUCAGCAUCCAGCAGCUUUUUGCUUCAGCGCUCGAUGUCUCUGAGGAGGACGACAAGCUGGUGCUGGACUUUAAGCAGCCGAGCGCAGACUACCUGCAGUUUCGCCAGCGGCUAGAGCGAGACUCGGUCUGCCUCGAGCACUGUGUGCUAAAGGACCGGGCCAUCGCAGGAACUAUCAAAGUCAAAAAUCUGUCCUACGAAAAGGCAGUAAAAGUGCGCAUCACCUUCGACACAUGGAAGAGCCACACUGACGUCGACUGCCAGUACGUCAACGACAUGUACCUGGGCUCUGAGUGGGACACCUUCUCAUUCGAGGUGAAUUUACCAGCCCGGGUCGAGCCGCAAGAGCAUGUCGAGUUCGCUGUGUUUUACGUAGUGGAUGGGAACACACACUGGGACAGCAAUCAGGGCCAGAACUAUAAAAUCACCCGCUCUGUUCUGAAGAAGAACAUCAGCAACAGCCAGCAGCACAACGGUGACUGGGACGCUUACUUUGACCAAUUCGGCAGCCCGAGGUGCUCGAGCGGCAUUUUCGCCGAGUGGCCGAGCUACGCCGGGUACGAGGACCUUGGCCCAUAUUACUGACUUGUGUGUGUCGACUGAUGCACACAUCUAGCAUGGAGCUAAAAAAAAAAAGAAAUAUGGCACCAGAAACUCUUUUACACUGACUAAAUAUUAUAAAUAUAAAUAUUUUGUCCAAUUAUACACUAAAUAUUUUGUCCAAACAUCAGUGAGGAUGUGUUUUCUGUCUGUUGUAAAUUCCCAUCUUUUUUUAUUUUUUUUGCACUGGAACAAAUAAUCAGCAUAUAAGCUCCAGUUUAUCAUGACACCACAUCAAACAACUGCAUGGUCUUUUGAUUCUGUGCCACACAGUUAUCUAGAAGCUUAUUAGUAUCUUAGACGUGUCUUGAGAAACCUGCAGUUACACAACACUAAACUGGUAGCUCUAACCUUCUUGAAGUUGUUUGCUACACCAAACAUGUCUCAGCUGAUCCACUUCAUUUCAGCGAACACGGAACAAUUUCUAGUGAUUAUAUCCGUUGAUCUGUAACAUCUGGAUUAGCGAUCUGUCCACAUUUGAACCGCAUGCGACGUGCAAAUACGUACAACGUCUGAGAUUAUUUUGCUGCUACCUUUGACGAGCAUAUGAACACCACAGACUGUUCAAUCAUGUGUUUAUACCAGAAUGUGUAGGAAGAUGUGUGCGCUGAUCUGUAAAUUAAAAGCACACACACACGCAAAGACUGAUAGAAUAAUCUUUAAAGGAAUUCACGGGUUAUUUUUCUCACACUGACACAUGUCUGUAAAUCCUGAGCUGCUUUUAUAUUCAGCCAAAGCUCAGAACCAUCAGAAUGUAAAGCUGAAGAUAAUAACGUUAUAAUAAUCAAUAUGUAUGUUUUGUUUGUUUGUGUUAUGAACUUCUUAAUAGAACAGGAAUACAGAUGUUAAUGAGUUCUUAUACAGUGUAUUAUUGUGUGUGUUUCUAUAUAUAAUGACAUGGAAAUAGCAACUUGGGUCUUUUUGGUGUAAUUUGUUAUUUAAUUCAAAAGAAUGCCCAUCAUCUUUCUGUGCAAAAUAUGGUUUUAAGCAUUAACCUGUAGCAUCAUCCCUUUCAAGGAAAUGGUUCACUUUGACUAAGGGUCCCAGAAGCAGUGUUUUAUAUCAAUCACAGUGUUAACAUUUUAUCAGGAUUUAUUUUGUUCUGUUUUUGGGGUGUAUUUUAGAUUUUCUUUUUGUUGUUGUUGUUUGUGUUAGUUUUGCACACCACACAUUGGGGGAAAAUAGUUUUGUAAAUGUUCUGGGAUGUUCUGUUCUGUUAAUGCUUUUUU